UAUCCAAGGCACAAUUAUCUAGCAGGACCUCUAUGAUGUCAUGCAAUGGCUUAGAGCCCAAGACCUCAGGUCUCACCUCCCUGGGCCACCUGGGGUUCCUGCAGCAGCCACUGCCCGGCCCAAUCCCUCCCAUACUCCACCAUGUUGGUGGGUACCCCCCACCUGCUGACAUUGGAUGAAGCUGAUGCCACCUGGACCCUCAUCAAGGAUAAGGUCAUCGAGGAGCACUUUGGGCCCAAUGCAGUAGCAGUCCCUUUCCUGUCAGAUGCAGUCUGCUAUGACCUACUGGGUGUGCUGGUAAAACAGUCCCGCCCAGCCCAUACCCGCCUGGCUUUGCCAGGUCGGCAGGGUCGGAGGGCACUGAAACCAGUGGGGCCACUACCAAGCCUCCUGGAGCAGGCAGGAUCUGAGGGUGCCUUCGCCCACUGCACUCGGGAAUACUCACCAAAUGGCCAAGCAGAGAUAGCCUAUGAAGAGAUGCGAAUGUUGGAUGGGCAGCCAUGCAAGAUCCGCCUACAUAUGGGUGGCCUGCGCAAGAAGGUUGCCUUCCUGUUGCUGCCACCAGGGCAGGUGAGCCUACAGCAGACUCUUUCCUGGCUCCGAAGCACCCACAGCAUCUAUGUCAUCUACCAGGUCUUCUCUUGUUCCUGGCUGCAGCUGGGGCUGAUGCCUACAGCCCAUGAGCCCCAGCUCCUCCAGCUACAUCGGUCAUUACCUGUUGCCUUCUCCUGCCUCAAGUUUUCACUGCAGUCCAAGGGCGUGCUGGGACCACAGAAGCCUCUGACUAAAGACCCAUUGCUCCAUGGGGCCAACUGGGUCAGACCCAACCUCAGCAUCAUGCCACCUCUGGCCCCCACAUCAGCACCUGCUGAUACACCUGAAGCUGCUGAUGUGCCCCCACCUGUCCCAGCUCCACCUACACCACCUCCCCAGGAAGGGCCAGAGGGCAAACCCACCAGAUUCUCCUACAAGGGCCGAAACCCCUUCCGGAGGGGGCCCCAGAUACUGUCAGGGUCUAUCCUCAGAGUUCGACAGCGACGACUGAAGCUGAAGCAAAAGAUUCCGGGGGCAAAGCCCCCAAGAUCUGGCAUAGGGGUACUGGUCUCUAAUAAACAUCAGCUGCUGCUCCCCCAAACCAUCCUGGGCCCAUGCUGCUUAUUCCUUCUGGGAUCCAGAGAAGAGGGAAGAGUCCCUUCACCCUCUAAGGACAUAAGGGGUACCUUGAAACCUUGGCAGCAAUGUCCUCACCAAAGAGAAAAUACUCCUGACCACCUCCCCCACUAUAUACAACCUUUUCUGGGGCCCCAGCCCCACAGAAAAAGAAUGGGAAAGAAAAAUGAGCACAGAAUAGAGAUUUCCCUUUUAUACAUAUUGCAACAAGUUCUCCAUAAAACAUUCAUCUGAAAUAAAUUAAAAAGUCCUUUUGCCACUGCCU